GGUUCGUUGCGGACUCUUCGGUGAGGUUGAGCAUAGGGAAUUACUACCCGUCCCACUAUUUAUUUGAGCUAAUUUGUCAAAUGCGUGUGAAUAAACCAAGGAAGACGCUGGAAAAGGGUGGUUGCUCCCAUGGCUUACGUCGAGAGAGGUGUUGUCAAAUCUAAGAGAUCAAUAUGGCGAUUAAGAACUAUCACAGAUUUCUUCUGGGCCAUCAUCAAUUUCAUUGCGGCCUUCUUUGCAACAAUGUUUUCGAUGGAGAAGACUGAAGCUUAUCGGAAAGGAUCCGGUGCCAGCAAGAAAUGGGACGGCGGUGGUCCAGGAGGUCCUGGAAACGGUCCAUAUGGUGGUGGUCCACGUGGGCCACCUCGUGGAAUGAAUAAUGUUCGAGGAAUUGAUCACAGCUCUCUUCCUGCAUGCGGCUCUUGCUGCGGAGGUUGAUGAGGUGGCCGAUCCACCAUCAAAAUCUCUUGGAUGCAUUUCUAUAACCCACUUUAUGGAUUGUAAAAUAGGUUUUACCUUGUAAGAAAGAACCGAGUUUCUAAAACUUCUUACCUCAGCUUGAAUACAUCUCCAGUUCGGAAGUCGGAAGUUUUUUACUUCUUAACUGUUUAAUGUAUUACAAGUUUCUUCUGGUUGUGUGCAUUUGAAAUUGAAAAUGUUACUAUUUCAUUGAAUAUUUAAUCUUGUUCCCGUAUAAAUAUAGAAUCAGUAAUUGAAA